UUACCCUCAACAACUUUUUAUUUAACCUUAGCAGCUGGAGCAUCAAUGUCACAUGGCUUCACACUAAUCAAAGUAGAAAGUGUCAAACAGCUGUUGUAUGCAUCAAUAUGACUAUUUUUAUAUUUUUUUUAGUUAGGUGGAGUAGUAGAAAAAAAUAGUGUAACGACAAUUUUGAAAGCAUGUGAUGGCGGCGAUUCGGAUUUAGCACGGUCGUCAAAUUCUGAAAUCUUACAGUCAAGAUCAGGAUCUGAUAACUAAUGGAGCAGCUUGAUUGACAUGUAGCAAAUUAAUUUCCGUGGUGGUGGAUAAGGCGACUCAUACUCAACGAUGACACCAACAACGUCUCCGUCAAGAAACCAUACCUCCAAUCUUUUCUUUCUUCUCACGUCACCACUUAAGUGAAGGGAAGUCCAUAACUUUGUGAAAGAGGAUAAUGAGUGGAGAAGGAAAGGUGGUGUGUGUGACAGGUGCUUCUGGUUUUAUUGCUUCAUGGAUUGUCAAGUUCCUCCUCCAACGUCGUUACACCGUCAGAGCUACUGUCCGUGAUUCAAGUAAUCCCAAAAAGGUUGACCACUUGAUUAAACUUGAUGGUGCAAAAGAGAGGUUGCAACUCUUUAAGGCUGAUCUUUUAGAAGAUGGUUCCUUUGACUCUAUUAUUGACGGUUGUGAUGGUGUCUUUCAUACUGCUUCACCUGUUCGUUUUGUUGUAGACGACCCUCAGGCUGAGUUGAUUGAUCCAGCUCUGAAGGGAACUCUUAAUGUUCUUAAAUCAUGUGCGAAAUCACCAUCGGUGAAACGAGUUGUCUUUACUUCUUCUGUUUCUGCAGUCGCAUUUAAUACAAGGCCAAAGAAUCCAGAAGUCAUAGUUGAUGAGACAUGGUUUUCAGAUCCAGAUUUCUGUAGGGAAUCACAGUUAUGGUACACACUUUCAAAGACAUUGGCUGAGGCUGCUGCUUGGGAAUUUGUGAAUGAAAACAACAUUGACAUGGUUGUUAUCAACCCAACAAUGGUUGCAGGACCUCUCUUGCAACCCGAGGUUAACGAAAGUGUUCAACCAAUUCUAAACCUAAUAAAUGGUAUACCUUUUCCAAAUUUUGCUAUUGGAUGGGUGAACGUGAAAGAUGUUGCGAACGCCCAUAUUCACGCAUAUGAGAUUGCUUCAGCUAGUGGAAGAUAUUGUUUGUCUGAGACAGUAGUACAUUAUUCAGAACUUGCUAAGAUUUUACGAGAUUUGUACCCAUCGUUACAAAUUUCUGACAAGUGUGAGAAUGAAGAGACAUAUAUGCCAACGUAUCAGAUUUCCAAGGAAAAAGCUUUAAGCUUGGGAAUAGAGUUUACUCCUUUGGAAGUCAGCCUCAAGGAGACUGUGGAAAGCUUCAGGGAGAAAAAGAUUGUCGACUUUUAAUCAGCCUCAACAUUCCACUUAUUCUAUAAAGACAUGAAAAAAUGUUAGUGUCAUUUGAUCUAUGAUGUGGAAGUGAAUCCCAUCUAGCAGAAUAACACUUAUGAUUGUAGUUGUUGAAUUGAAUUUUCAUUGUAAAAUAAGGUGUAAACUUUGUGUUUAAUCAAAACGGGUCAAUACUGUUCGGCACUAAUGUAAGCUGGUUUUUUCAUCAUGUAAAUCUAUAUUCUUGCUUUGUUAUGUCAAUCUACCUUUGUAAUUGUCUUGAAGGAUUGAAGAUAAUAAUGAGUUUUUUUUU